CUUUGGCGCUUCGGCAAGCCUCCCCCUAUUGAACACUGGUUGUCUGCUUUCGCCCUAUCGAUUUGUACUCGAUUGAAAAGAGAUGUCGAUCGAACAAAAAAUCAAAGACAUCGAGGACGAGAUGGCUCGGACCCAAAAAAACAAGGCCACCAUGUCUCAUCUAUGUCUCUUGAAGGCGCGUUUGGCCAAGCUCAAGAGAGAGCUGAUAGAGGGGGCCGUGGCUUCGACAGGGGGCGGGAAAAAAGAGGGCUUUUCUGUCCGGAAAACCGGAAAUGCGACCGUCGGGCUGAUCGGAUUUCCGUCUGUAGGAAAAUCGACUUUGUUGACCAAGCUCACUGGACACUAUUCAGAAUCGGCGGAUUACGAGUUCACAACCUUAACGACGGUGCCUGGCAUCGUGCAUUAUAAGGGCGCACGUAUCCAGCUGCUUGAUCUGCCCGGAAUCAUCGAGGGUGCGAGAGACGGAAAGGGCCGAGGUCUCCAAGUUAUUUCCGUGGCAAAAAGCGUUGAUUUAAUUUUGAUUGUUCUGUCCGUCUUGAAGGAGCUGGAGGAGAAGAAGGUGAUAGAACGCGAGCUCGAGGGGUUCGGCAUUCGCUUGAACAAGCAGCCUCCUAAGGUCACCAUUCAACGCAAAGAGCGAGGCGGAAUCACGUUCACGCCGCUCGUGCCACAGAGCACUCUCGACGCGGAGCUCGUGAAACUGACCCUGGGCGAGUACAAAAUCCAUAACGCGGACGUUCGUCUGGGCUGCGACGCGACCAUCGACGACCUGGUGGACGUGAUCGAGGGCAACUGCGCGUACAUACCUGCCAUUUACGUGCUGAACAAAAUCGACCAGAUUUCGAUCGAGGAGUUAGACAUUUUGUACCAGAUUCCGCGGUGUGUGCCGAUCAGCGCCAAGGACGAGUGGAAUUUCGACACGUUGCUGAGGAAAAUUUGGAAGACCUUGGAUUUGAUCCGAGUGUACACCAAGCCGCGGAGGAUGAUCCCGGACUACACCGAGCCGGUCGUCUUGAAGCGCAGUCAGGCGACGGUCGAGGCGCUGUGCCUCAAGCUGCACAAGGCGAUUCUGCAGGACUUCAAGUACGCUCUGGUUUGGGGGUCGUCCGCGAAGCACAUUCCCCAAAAGGUGGGGAAGGACCACGUCCUGUUUGACGAGGACAUCAUUCAGAUUGUCAAAAAAUGAAACGUGUAAAUAAAACACACUUUUUUGUAUUAUUGAUGCAGA